UGGCGGAGACCCGGGACGGCGACUGCUCACUUCCGGCGCGGACCUCCGCGAUCGCGCCCCUCCCCCGCCGUGGCCCGCAGCCUGCCCACCCCGCGCCCUUCCACCAUGGCCGCCUGUGUGUGCUGUGUGCAGCAGCUGCUCGUCCGUGUCCUCCUGUAGCGCUUACUGCCUCACCCUCACCCCGGGCCCGGAUCCACGGGGCGCCCGCCAGGAAGAGCUCCCACCCGUCCUCCCGGGCACGACUCCCUUCCCCCGCACCCUCCCCUCCCGAGCCAGAAACGUGGGGUUCCCCCUGUUUCUCCGGGGUCGGAAGCCAGAGAGGGGGUCCCUUCCGCCUCGGCGCAGCCGCGAGCGCCCCUGCCCGCCCCGUCGGGGCGCAGACCCUCGCCCCGCAGCGGACUCGGCGGCGAGCGGCUCUUCUCGGCAGGGCCGGGCCGUCGGCCAGCGCCGCCCCGCGCGUGGCGAGGACGGGGACCCCCCCUCCCCGGCCGCCCCGGGCUCCCCGCUUCCCGGGACUUGCCCCACCCCCCUGCACCGCCAGGCCUCCCGCCUCGGGCUGCAGCCAUGGAACUGCAGAAGGGGAAGGGGGCAGCGGCGGGGGCUGCUGCGGGAGCGGCGGCAGGUGCAGGAGGAGCGGGCGCGGGAGCCCCAGGAGGGGGAAGGCUGCUCCUUGCCACCAGUUUGGAUGCCAAGGAUGAGUUAGAGGAGCGGUUGGAGAGAUGUAUGAGCAUCGUGACAUCGAUGACGGCGGGCGUCUCGGAGAGAGAGGCCAACGACGCCCUGAAUGCCUACGUGUGCAAAGGCCCCCCUCAACACGAGGAGAUCUGCCUGGGCCUCUUCACCCUGGUCCUCACUGAACCUGCCCAGGCUCAGAAGUGUUACCGGGACUUGGCGCUAGUGAGUCGUGAUGGCAUGAAUAUCGUCCUGAACAAAAUCAACCAGCUGCUCAUGGAGAAGUACUUGAAGCUGCAGGAUACCUGCCGGACGCAGCUGGUGUGGCUGGUGCGGGAGCUGGUGAAGAGCGGGGUUCUGGGCGCCGACGGCGUGUGCAUGACGUUCAUGAAGCAGAUCGCGGGCGGGGACGUUACAGCGAAAAACAUCUGGUUGGCAGAGAGUGUUCUGGAUAUCCUGACAGAGCAGAGGGAGUGGGUGCUGAAGAGUGGCAUCCUUAUCGCCAUGACCGUCUACACCUACCUCCGCCUCAUCGUCGACCACCACGGCACUGCCCAGCUCCAGGCCCUGAGGCAGAAGGAGGUGGACUUCUGCAUCUCCCUGCUUCGGGAACGGUUCAUGGAAUGUUUGAUGAUCGGUCGCGACCUCGUCAGGCUGCUUCAGAACGUUGCGCGGAUCCCAGAGUUCGAGCUGCUGUGGAAGGAUAUCAUCCAUAACCCUCAGGCCCUGAGCCCGCAGUUCACAGGUAUCCUUCAGCUUCUCCAGUCGAGAACAUCCCGAAAAUUUCUCGCCUGCCGUCUCACCCCAGACAUGGAGACGAAGCUCCUCUUCAUGACGUCACGGGUGCGGUUUGGGCAACAGAAGCGAUACCAGGAUUGGUUCCAGCGCCAGUACCUGUCGACCCCGGACAGUCAGUCUCUGCGCUGCGACCUCAUCCGCUACAUCUGUGGGGUGGUGCACCCUUCCAAUGAAGUGCUGAGCUCGGACAUCCUGCCCCGAUGGGCCAUCAUCGGCUGGCUCCUGACCACAUGCACGUCCAACGUCGCCGCCUCCAACGCCAAGCUGGCUCUGUUCUACGACUGGCUGUUCUUUAGCCCCGACAAGGACAGCAUCAUGAACAUAGAGCCGGCCAUCCUGGUCAUGCACCACUCCAUGAAGCCCCACCCGGCCAUCACUGCUACGCUGUUGGACUUCAUGUGCCGGAUCAUCCCCAACUUCUACCCACCGCUGGAGAGCCACGUGCGGCAGGGCGUCUUCUCCUCCCUCAACCACAUCGUGGAGAAGCGGGUCUUGGCACACUUGGCCCCCCUGUUCGACAACCCUAAGCUGGACAAGGAGCUGCGGGCCAUGCUGAGGGAGAAGUUUCCCGAGUUCUGCAGCUCGCCGUCCCCGCCUGUGGAAGUCAAAAUCGAAGAGCCGGUGUCCAUGGAGAUGGACAACCACAUGUCCGACAAGGACGAAAGCUGCUAUGACAACGCUGAGGCCGCCUUCAGUGAUGACGAGGAGGACCUCAACAGCAAAGGAAAGAAGCGGGAGUUCCGCUUCCACCCAAUCAAGGAGACGGUGGUGGAGGAGCCCGUGGACAUCACCCCAUACCUUGACCAGCUGGAGGAGUCCCUUAGGGACAAGGUGCUGCAGCUGCAAAAGGGCAGCGACACCGAGGCCCAGUGCGAGGUCAUGCAGGGAAUCGUGGACCAGGUUCUAGAGGAAGACUUCGACUCGGAGCAGCUGUCUGUCCUCGCCUCCUGCCUCCAGGAGCUCUUCAAGGCCCACUUCCGGGGGGAGGUGCUGCCCGAGGAGGUCACGGAGGAGUCACUGGAGGAAUCUGUGGGGAAGCCUCUCUACCUGAUAUUUAGGAACCUUUGCCAGAUGCAGGAGGACAACAGCAGCUUCUCUCUGCUCCUGGACCUCCUCUCCGAGCUCUACCAGAAGCAGCCCAAGAUCGGCUACCACCUGCUCUACUACCUGAGGGCCAGCAAAGCCGCCGCCGGGAAGAUGAACCUGUACGAGUCCUUUGCGCAGGCCACGCAGCUGGGCGACCUGCACACCUGCCUGAUGAUGGACAUGAAGGCCUGCCAGGAGGACGACGUGCGCCUGCUGUGCCACCUCACGCCCUCCAUCUACACGGAGUUCCCGGAUGAGACCUUGCGGAGCGGGGAGCUGCUGAACAUGAUUGUGGCCGUCAUCGACUCUGCACAGCUCCAGGAGCUGGUCUGCCACGUGAUGAUGGGCAACCUGGUCAUGUUCCGGAAAGACUCGGUCCUCAACAUCCUCAUCCAGAGCCUGGACUGGGAGACGUUUGAACAGUACUGCGCCUGGCAGCUCUUCCUGGCCCACAACAUCCCCCUGGAGACCAUCAUCCCCAUCCUGCAGCAUCUCAAAUACAAGGAGCACCCGGAGGCCCUGUCGUGCCUGCUGCUGCAGCUCCGGAGAGAGAAGCCCAGUGAGGAGAUGGUGAAGAUGGUGCUGAGCCGGGCCUGCCACCCCGACGAUCAGUUCACCACCAGCAUCCUGCGGCACUGGUGCAUGAAGCACGAUGAGCUGCUAGCCGAGCACAUCAAGUCGCUGCUCAUCAAGAACAACAGUCUCCCCCGCAAGAGGCAGAGCCUGAGGAGCUCGAGCAGCAAGCUGGCCCAGCUGACCCUGGAGCAGAUCCUGGAGCACCUGGACAACCUGCGGCUCAACCUGACCAACACCAAGCAGAACUUUUUCAGCCAGACCCCGAUUCUCCAGGCUCUGCAGCACGUGCAGGCAAGCUGUGAUGAAGCCCACAAGAUGAAGUUCAGCGACCUCUUCUCCCUGGCCGAGGAGUAUGAGGACUCCUCCAGCAAACCACCCAAGAGCCGGCGGAAAGCAGCGCUCUCCAGCCCCCGGAGCCGCAAGAACGCGGCACAGCCCCCCAACACCGAGGAGGAGUCGGGUUCCAGCAGCGCCUCGGAGGAGGAGGACACAAAGCCGAAGCCCACCAAGCGGAAACGGAAGGGGUCCUCCGCUGUGGGCUCUGACAGUGACUGAGGCCCCCUGGUCCCUGUGUCACUGCCAGCACUGCUGCCACCGCACCGCACAGGCGCAGGGGCGAGGAGGGCAGGGGCCAGAAGGUCAUGCAAGCUUCUCUCACCUUGCUGGUGCCUGGCCCACGGGAGGGAGGAGCUGCUGCCAGGAAGCUGCCGCGAAUCUGCCUGGUCCGGCACCCCUGGAGCCCCCAGGAACUGUCCCCCCAGAUACCCCCAGGUCCUGGGAGGGGCUCAGACUCUCCCUCUUCCCACAUGGGAGUUACAGGGCAGCUGGCCCGAGGCAGCGCCCCCACCACUCGUGUCCUCACUCCUCCACACCGGACUUCACCCUGGGACACCCUCGGACACAGAACGGCGGGGACUUGGCCUGUGCCUGGCGGGGCUUGCGGGGAGGCUGUGGUUCCUUGGAACUUAUGUUGCCUGGGGUCAGGCCCAGCCCUGGGGGGCCCACACAUGUGCCACAGAACUGUCAAAUGGGCCCAUUUCGUUCUGUUUAGAUUUUGUGGGGGUGGGGUGGGUCGGG